ACGGAUUUACCGCUGUGUUCGUAGAGGAAAUACGUCACAGGGUUUUCUCGUUAAUUGGUUCACUUUUAUAGUGACUCCUUUACCUAAUGCAUUAAAGUUCAGAUAAUGUUACACAAUCAAAAUGGUCAGAGUAUGUACAAUCGUCAGUCGUUGCAGCCAGAGAAAGAAUACGGUUACCCCGGUGUUUCUGGUCAGCACGUUUAUGGUGCUUCUAACUCAAAUGUGACAGAUACUUACCCGCAAGGUCAUCCUAACAGCAGCUUCCAGCCACCACCUAACUACUGUUCUGGAAAUCAAGGACAGACUUUCCAACCACAAUCUCAGCCUCCAUAUUAUUCCGCUCAGUCAAUACAGAGUGUGAAUCAACCACCGUUGCCACCCAUGCCUCCUAUCCCAAACCAUCAGGAUUUUGUUCAACGUCCUCAGCAGCCGCGUCUUCCUCCAAUGCCACCAAUGCCUCCGGGGCAUGAGGGAGUUCCACCACCCAGUUAUCGACAACCUCAACCUCCAGGUCCGUUUCCAUUGCCAAAUGGUGCUAACACCCAGAUAAAUACAUUACAUUCUCAACAGGCAUAUCAAAACGGUCCAGUAUCCAGACAACCACAGUUCUCUCAAAGUAUAAAUGCAGAUAGAUUACCCAGUCCUAUCGAGGUUAUUGAGAGCAAUCGGGCUCAGUGUACUGGACCUUUUUAUACAGGACAACGAGGUGUUGUGCCUCCUCUAGUCACAACUGACUUUAUAUCACGUGACCAGGGUACAUGUGCACCUUGUUUCAUUCGAUCUUCACUAUACUCUGUUCCGAAUUCAUCAGAUCUCCUUAAAACUGUUGGGAUCCCGUUUUCACUUACAAUAUCUCCAUUUGCAGUACAACAUACAGAAGAUAUGAAUGUUGUGAUAAGCGAUAUGGGUCCACAAGGUCCAGUUCGAUGUGUUCGGUGUAAAGCCUACAUGAAUCCCUUCAUGAAUUUUAUUGACGGUGGUCGAAGGUUCCAAUGUCCACUUUGUAAUGGUUUAACUGAAGUUGCCGCUGAAUAUUUUGCUCAUUUAGAUCAUACUGGACGUCGAGUUGAUGCAGGUCAAAGACCUGAACUAUGUUUAGGCAGUUACGAAUUAUUAGCAACAGCGGAAUAUUGCAAAAACAAUCAAUUACCUUUACCUCCAGCCAUCAUAUUUCUACUAGAUGUUUCCCAAUCUGCUAUACGUUCAGGUUUAGUACAGCUAUUCUGUUCCCAGUUUGUAGAACGUAUUCUACCAAAUUUACCUAGGGAAAAAUUUACAUCACCAGAUAUGGUUAAUCCAAUUCGAUUGGGAUUUAUUACAUAUGAUCAUCAACUUCACUUCUAUACUGUACCUCGUGAGUCGUCGUCAUCUGCUCAACAAACAUCUGAAUCUACAGAUCAGAACACUUAUAACUCUUAUGGUAAACCUCAAAUGUAUAUUGUAGCGGAUAUCGAAGAUGUGUUUGUGCCUACAGUUGAAGGUUUCUUGAUACCACCUGAUCCUGCUAUCAUUUCUAGUAUCUUAGAAAUGAUACCUACUCAAUUUUGUACAGAGAAUGCUUUAAACAGACAACCUACAGAUAGUGUAUUAGGCCCAGCUAUCCAAUCCGGAAUGGAAGCUUUACGUGCUGCAAAUCGUUCUGGAAAAUUAUUUGUCAUACAUGCUAAUCUACCGAUUGGUGAAGCACCGGGUAAAUUGAAAAAUCGAGAUGAUCGUCGUCUUAUAGGAACUGAAAAAGAAAAGACUUUACUUCUUCCAGAUAAUGAUUUUUAUGUUGGACUUGGUCAAACAUGCGUAGAAGUUGGUUGCAGUGUAGAUCUUUUUCUUUUCCCUAAUUCAUUUGUUGAUAUUGCUUCUUUAGCCGAAGUGCCCAGAUUGACAUCUGGUCAUUUAUUCAAAUAUAACUGUUUCCAGGCUGAUUUACAAGGUCAUCAGUUUAUAGCCGAUCUUCAACGUACUUUGACCAACCUACAAGCUUUCAACGCUGUUAUGCGUGUUCGAACAAGUACUGGUAUUAGACCUGUUGAAUUCUUUGGUAAUUGUUACCUACCUAAUACAACUGAUGUUGAGUUGGCUAGUGUUAGUUCAGAUAUGGCAAUCACUGCAGAAUUACGUCAUGAUGAUAAACUUCAAGAAGGUGAACACGUAUUCAUUCAAGUUGCAUGUCUUUACACUUCAAUAUCUGGACAACGAAGGCUACGUAUUCAUAAUCUGUCAAUUCCAGUGACAAGUAUGAUACCUGAUGUAUUUCGUCUUGUCGAAUUAGAUGCACAUAUGAAUUGGUUGAGUAAAUAUUCAAUGCGUUCUCUACUCAACCGUACACAUUCACAAGUAAUGGAUGAUUUAACGACAAGAGCUGCUAACACAUUGGCUGCUUAUCGUCGUCAUUGUGCUUGCGGUCCGAAUGAUGUAAAUUCGAAUCCUAGUGAAUUAGUAUUACCACAAAAUAUGAAAGUAUUUCCUUUGUACAUACAAUGUCUUAUGAAAACUGAAGCUUUUAGUCCUGCUGACGGUAUCACAAUUGAUGAUCGUUGUUGGCAAAUGUUUUUGGUCAAUCAAAUGGACGUUAAACAAUCCAAUUGUUAUAUUUAUCCUCAUUUGUAUCCUAUUCAUGAUCUUUCACUGAAUUUCGAAGGUGAUAUCCAUUAUCCUCCAGCUGCUAUACGCUGUUCAUAUGAUCGUUUACAAAUGGAUGCAGCUUAUUUAUUGGAUAAUGGGAUUUAUCUUAUCAUGUGGAUUGGUCCAAAUAUUUCGUCAGAAUGGAUUCAAGCAGUAUUCAAUGUUCAAAAUCCUGAACAUUUUGAAUCAGAAAAAGUAAGACAAAAUCAGAUAUUACAAUUAAAGAUAUUUUCUAAGAAUUUUUAUGUUUAACAUGGUUUAUUUUCAUUUUAAAAUCCUACUUAGAAAAAUACGUUCAGUUUACAGGCUCACUAUCCCCCAUUUUUUUACUUCAUUUUAUAUUAGAUGUCCUAGAAAUUCCACUUAAUUUAACUUCUCAGAGAGUGAUUUGUUACUAGAAGGUUCAUUUAGAAUAUGGGGAUUACAUUCGUAAAACAUUGACGAAAUACAAGCAUAUGUAGAAUGCGUUUCUCUCCUUCAAGUACAAAAUAUUGUUUAACAGUUGUUCUUAGUUAUCGCUUGAACUUGAUAGAGAAUCAAGUGAUUGGAUGCUCUGUCCAUUUAAUUUAUCUUGGAAGUUUCAUCUCCCUUGGGGUAGUUGUGUCUAACAAAAUCUUGGCACCGAUUUAGGAAUCUCAGUUAGCCUUAUGUCACUUGUGGCACAGGCGAGAUGUCCGUCUGCCAACUAAAGAGAGAGUAUACAGUGCAGAGACCCACUCUGUAUUUCUCUGUCACCGUAAAACAUAGUCCAUAAAAGUGGGAGACGUGCGUACGAUGCGGGGUUUUGAUCUUAGGUGUUAUUGGCGCGUCGCUCGUGUUUUUUCGGAACAUCUGAGUGAGCAGUGCUGAGAUUAGUUUUUAUAACGGAACAAGUAUUGUUGAAGUUUGAACUGGUUUUUCGAAUUAUUGUCAACUAUAAUUUGGUUUUAUAAUUACUUAGCAACCAUAUUACUAUGUCUAUGUAUUCCAUUUAUCAUGAGCUUUCGGUUAACCCAUUAACUACUGUUAUACGAAUUACCAUUUCUAAUUUGUUACUAGUGUGUAUUACUUACAGCUUCUCCUAUUCAGAGCCACUUUUGGUUCGUUUAAUUAUCAUUAUUAUUUUUCAUUUUACGGUGUGGUGCUGUCCAGUGUGUCUGUACAUAAACUGUCUGUUUGAAAUGUAGAUGUAGUAGAAGCUGUUUGCUGACUUUUGAACUCAUGUUAGAGCAUAGAGAAAAGCUUGCGAAUAGUGGACGAUUCGGAACUUAGCCUCGUCGACUCAAGGUCAAUAGUACUGGUCAGGUAUGUGAUUGGGGACACUAGUUUAUAGAGGACAUAGUAGACGUCGAAUUAGGCAAAAAUGAAAAAUGGGACUCUGAUUGGCGACGGCUUCAAGACAGCACUAAUAACGUUUUUAAUCUUUAUUAUCUGAGGUGAGUAUGACCACUUAUCAUGUGUGCGCAGUUACUGCCUACGUCGACAUACAAUGUCUGGUAGUGUAGAAGUAGGUUAAAAUGAUGCUUAGCGUGGCCUAAAUAAAACAUCAGUCCAUAGAGUCGUUGAUUAUUGAUCUUAACCGUAUGGACCCAUUUAUAUAGACCUAUUAUACUGGACGAAUAUUCAGGUACGGCAAACCAACUUACUUUGUGCAAAAUCACACGGUGCCUUUGUAAAAUAUGGAAGUCACUCAUUAAAUGCACCAUUUGCAUAUCCUCUUUGAGUUGUCCUUUACACUCUUAAUCGUUCUUCCAAUCCUGUUGUUACUUGGAUUGCUCUAUUUUCCUUUCUCUUCUACUAUUCUGGGAUUUGUCUUGAUAAUUUGUUCUCGUUGUACUGAUGUGGUAUGGAAGCUUGAACUGAUAUAUUCAUGUGCCAGGUUCUGCACAUUUCUUAUGACUCAUUGACAAGCUGUCCCAAAUAUCCUAAAACCUCUAAUGCGUACCCCCUAAAGUUAACUUGUCGAUGCUGUUCGUUGCCAUUUAAUCCACCUUGAUUAUAAUAAUCUCGACUUUUGUAAGAGUUAAAGGUUAAAAUAUCGAUUUCCCAAUCGGAUUUUUGUUGGAUAAACUGGGCAAAACUGAAAAAGUAGCGAGAAGUACUAAGUUUCUUGGUCUAAGAGUCCACUACCUUGUUGUUGCAAUCGUUUCAUUUAUUGAUAACCUUUUAAUCCCUUAUCCUCCUCGAUAAGUUCUAUAAUUGCUGACUUGUUCUAUCACAUUCUUUAUUUACCACUUCUUACAAUCGUUGGGUAAAAAUCCUGUUUUAUAUACGAGAUUCUUCACUUAUUUGUGAAUGUAGUGUGGCUGUUAAAUUGAACUUUGAGUCAAAAAUUUGCUGUCAUAAACAGUUUCCAUCCAAAAAACGUUUUAAUCAUUGCACACUAUCAAUCAAUCAGUACUCUAUUCAUAAUUUAGUAAUCUAAACAUU